AUGCAAUAUGGUAGCUCUCAAUAAAAAUUUCCUAAACUAUUGAACUCUGCUGUUUUUCAUUAUGGGUCUUUUAGCUUCUCAUAUAAAUAGACGAAGGGACAGAAGGUAAAUAAGGCUGCUGCUAAUAUAUCUGGUAUGGGCUAAUAUUAGCCCUUCAUAAGUGCCCUUUCUUUCUUUUUCUGUUUUUCUUUGUAGGACAUCCAUCAUGUGCAGUGGCUUGAUGUGGGAUCUCAGUUCCCAGACCACGGAUUGAACCUGGGCCACAGUGGUGAAAGUGCCAGGUCCUAAGCACUGGACCACCAGGAAAUUCCCUUGAUAGGGACAUUAUGAAGCCUUGUGGAAAGACUGAAUUGGACCAUUAAGAAAGUAUCUGUGGGAAGUUCCCAUUGUGGUUCAGCAGUAAUGAACUCAACUAGUAUCCUUGAGGACUCAGCAAUGUCUCAGGCUGUGCAGACAAAUGGAACUCAACCAUUAAGCAAAACAUGGGAACUCAGUUUAUAUGAAUUACAACGAACACCUCAGGAGGCAAUAACCGAUGGCUUGGAAAUUGUGGUUUCACCUCGAAGUCUACACAGUGAACUAAUGUGCCCGAUUUGUUUGGACAUGUUGAAGAAUACCAUGACUACAAAGGAGUGUUUACAUCGUUUUUGUGCAGACUGCAUUAUCACAGCCCUCAGAAGUGGCAAUAAAGAAUGCCCUACCUGUCGGAAAAAGCUAGUUUCCAAAAGAUCACUAAGACCAGACCCAAACUUUGAUGCACUCAUCAGCAAAAUUUAUCCAAGUCGUGAUGAGUAUGAAGCUCAUCAAGAAAGAGUGUUAGCGAGGAUCAACAAGCACAAUAAUCAGCAAGCACUCAGUCACAGCAUUGAGGAAGGACUGAAGAUACAGGCCAUGAACAGAUUACAGCGAGGCAAGAAACAGCAGAUUGAAAAUGGUAGUGGAGCAGAAGAUAAUGGUGACAGUUCUCACUGUAGUAAUGCAUCCACGCAUAGCAAUCAGGAAGCAGGACCUAGCAACAAACGGACCAAAACAUCUGAUGAUUCUGGGCUUGAGCUUGAUAAUAACAAUGCAGCAGUGGCAAUUGAUCCAGUCAUGGAUGGUGCUAGUGAAAUUGAGUUAGUAUUCAGGCCUCAUCCCACACUUAUGGAGAAAGAUGACAGUGCACAGACAAGAUACAUAAAGACUUCAGGUAAUGCCACUGUUGAUCAUUUAUCCAAGUAUCUGGCUGUGAGGUUAGCUUUAGAAGAACUUCGGAGCAAAGGAGAAUCAAACCAGAUGAAUCUUGAUACAGCCAGUGAGAAGCAGUAUACCAUUUACAUAGCAACAGCCAGUGGCCAGUUCACUGUGUUAAAUGGCUCUUUUUCUUUGGAAUUGGUCAGUGAGAAAUACUGGAAAGUGAACAAACCCAUGGAACUUUAUUACGCACCCACAAAGGAGCACAAAUGAGCUUUUACUAACACCAGUUCUGAGAAUGAACUUUUUUAUAGCCUAUUUCUUUAAUAUUAAAGAUGUUCCAUCAUUACUUUUAUGGACAGAACAUUGGCUUUUGUUCAGUUUUGUUCAGUUUUCUUUCUGAGCCAGACUCGUUUACACUAUUAGAAUCUUUCCCCCUUAAUUUAAGAUUUCCUUUUUGGAAGGGACUGCAGUUACUCAUUACAUUUUCUUUCCUUUUUAAAAUACAUCUUAGUUCUAUGUUUUCCGAAAAUGUGGUUCCAUUUGGAGCACUUUGGAGCUUUUGACCCAGGAAUUUUUCAUAGAUCUGUAUUCUUAAGGGAAGAUUCAUUCAGUUGGCCAUCCUUUUCCCUUAAAAGUUUUUUAGGCCUACAGAAUGUUAAAUUAUAUGUAUUUUGACUUUUUUCCUGGAGUCUUGUAUAUUUAUAGUUUUCUAUAUAAGCUGUAGUAUCUUCAUGAAGACCAAGGCUCAAAUUUACUGUGCUUAAAAAACAAUUCUCAUAGGAUUAUUAUUUCAUGGUAUUUUCUUCCAUAGUAUCUCAUUAUUUUUAAAAGUUCUUUAUGAACUUAGUGUCCAUUGUCAGGAAAUUUUUUUUUUCUUCCUUUUUUCCCUCUAAUUUCACAAUUUCUGAUUCUGGGAAAGAGAACCAGACACAAUCUCAAGUUCUGUGAGAACUUGGUCCAUUCACAGAUUUCAUUGAAGAAAGAAAAAUUAAAUUGGUCUUACGUAGUUUUCAAGUGUAUAUUUAAAAAAGUCUCUUUUUUUUUUAUUAGUUCUGAUCUCACUUCAGUUCCUUUAUUAUGUGUGUUUUUUCUUAUUAAAAUACCAGAGACGUGGAGUUAUUUUGCACUUUAGCCUUGAUGAAAAGUACAAGAUAUGUUCAAAGCUUUCCUAAUUUUCUUAUUGGUAGCCACAUAAGUUUCAAAAACAACAUGGCACAUAGAACUAACAAUGGGGAAAAAUUUGUUUCUGUUUGAAAAGUGUGUUUAGCAUUUUGGGUUGCCAUAUCAGUUUAUAAAUUUGGUGCUCUGCUAAUUACACUUUAUCUAGAGAAGCAAGUUAAUGGAGUUUGAACCCUCCGCCUUGAUGUGUAGUGGAGGAUAAUUCUGUAGAAGAAUGUCAGCCAGUAUGGUGAAGUCAUUCUACUCUUCUUAAUUUAGUUUUAUAUUAAAGGACAGUGUUUGGUGUUUGGAGCCAGAGGCUUUAUGAUUACAGGUCUGAAAUAAGGUUGACUUGUGUGUUAUUUUUCAUCUCUGUCCUGUUUCCAGGUAUGUUUCCAAGUUUAUAUCUUCCCAGUAUUUACAAAAACAUGUUUGCAUUGAGAAAUCAGUCAUAGAGAGUUUUUACCCAGGGGAGAGUCAUCCUCCAGUACCAUUGUAAUUAAAGCCUAUCUAGUUAUUGUAAAUAUUUACCUGUCAUUUUUGACAGGUUGGGGCCAGCUUCAUGUUUUAAAUCUUUACCCCAGUGUGAAAACUUAAAAGGUUUAUUCACUUUUUUACCAUUUUAUUGAAAAUAAUUCAAAUCUGUUUUUAAAGUUUUUUUGGUAACCUGUGCCAUGAAAUUUGAAAACCAUCAAAAACUCAAGGGAAAUUUUGUAUUCAGUUCCUUUUCUGGUUUAAUGUUAAGUUGUAUAGAUUAUUAAUGCAUGUCCACUGAAUAUAACCCUGGUUUUGCGAUAUAACUGAUUAGAUUUUAUUGGUGACAUUAGAUUAGUGGUUGCAUUAAAUAACUAAAUUCCUGUUGUGAUUAUUAAUUGAAAUUUGUCUUUAAGCAAAAAGUUAUUUGUAAAUACAAGCUUUGUGCUUAGAGAAUGUAUGUGUUUUUAUCGGUAUAGGAGGAUGUAAAUUCUUUGCAUCAUUAGUGAAUUUAUUGGAUGUGUAAUCAUUUGCAAAAUAUAAUUAUAGGUAUUUGGUAGAGCA